UACAGGUUAAAGUAUAGUUACUCUCACGGGACUUCUACCAAACCUCUGCUGGGUGACACAAUUGGAGAAAGAUUUGAUAAGGUUGUAGAGAGGUUCCCGGAGAGAGAGGCGUAUAUCUUCUGUGAAGAUGGACAUCGAGCAACUUUUUCAGAGUUUAAACAUGAGGUAAGAAUAUACAGUUGAACUUCUCUCCAACGGCCACCUUGGGACAAAAGAAAAUGGCCGUUGUAGAGAGAUGGCCGUUGUAGAAAGGUCUAAACCAGAGUCAAUGACGUAAUAUAAACGCUUGAAAGGACAUUAAACCCACUCUGCAGCACAAAAGCAAAUCAACAAUGGUUUCCACGACACCACGAAACACCCGCGAAGUGAGAAGAACACAAGAGUAAACGGGGAUCGUGGAUCUAAAAUCUGCAGCCUCCCUUGUAGACGUUUUUUUGACACGCCAUGAUAGGCCUCUGACCUAAGCCACGUAGGUCAAGGGCGCACAAGCAGUCGAACGAAAGGUCUGGAACGAGGGUGAAAACGGAGAUUGAGACUAAAAAAGGAAACUCGAAAAAUGUCUUUUUCGCACACCAUUGGGGCGUGUGACAUUGUGCGAGGAUCGCGCGCCGGAUCUCACGGCUGGCGCUCCACGCCUUGAAUACCAAUUUUUUAACCAACUGCUUUGCAAUCUAAGAAAACCAUUGCAAACAUAUAUAAUUCCUGUUAUUAUCUUCCAGGUCGAUCAACUUGCUGUGGGGCUUAUUUCUCGAGGUCUUACAAAAGGUGAUCGAUUGGCAAUCUGGUUACCUAACAGCAGAGACUGGAUCCUCACACAGUUUGCUGCUGCUCGAAUUGGACUGAUACUGGUAGGUGCGUGUUAUCUCGAUAAGUAAGGACGUUAAGAUCCGACGACGGCGACGGCGACGGCGACGGCAACGAAAACAUCAAAACAACAACCCUGCACGCGCAACGCACUUUUUUGUAUAUUUCCUUGCCUUUGUUGCACGACUACGACUUGAAACUGCCUAAUGUCACUUGUUAAGCAUGGCGGACGUAAGUAAGGCUGACGAAAUUUUCCUUUUCUUUCUGAAGUUGGAUAUGCAUGGUUCUUAGGAAUUGUAAUCCAGGAAUGACAAAGUUGGCGAGUUGGAAUAAUCGCGAUGAAGACUGAAUGAAUUCGAAUUUACUUUUUAAGGGACGUUUUCAGUUUCGCGUGCCAUCCUCUUCCUCGGAUCGUAAAGGUCCCUGGUGUGAAAACGAGAACCUUAAGGGUAGAAGUUAAGGGUUAAAAGGGUACAUUGGGGAAAAUUGGCAGCGCGAGCAGUACACUGGGUCCAUAUUAUAUGUGGCAGAGAGUUGUCUCACAUCUUCUGGGUUCGUUUUUGACACAGGUUUGUUUAAAUCCUGCAUACCAACAGUUCGAAGCUGAAUACAUUUUAAAGAAGGUAAGUCAGACAAUUAUAAACGCCGGUUUAAGGUAUGUUUUGCAUUUCUUGGUCGUCUUUUCAUUUCUACUCCUGAGUCUCAUGCCCUGUAGUCCCCAGCCAACCUCGUUCCCAAGCUUGUCUGGAGCUAUCGCGCUCGUCUCCAGGCUUUUUCCGCUCACUCGGAUAGCGCGAAUUAGCCUGGGGACUAGGCUGCUCUGUAAUAUUUUUCCGAUUCGCAAAACUGGUCGUUUAAAAUGGGAAUUGAAUUGUGAUUAAGUUUGAAAGUUGUCGCGUUCUUUCGAACUUUCAGUAAUUAUACAUAUUGUUUUUCGUUUUAAGGCAGGAUGUAAAGCGGUAAUAAUAGCAGAUGAAUUUAAAACACAGAAUUUUUACAGCAUGAUGGCAAACAUAGUACCAGAACUACCUGAGGCAAAACCAGGAAGUCUUUACAGUACAAGGUUGUUAUGCUCGGGUUGGUACUUAGCCUGUGCCACAGACGAAGCUAAACUCUGGUUAAUUUACUAACCGAGGUUAAAUUGCGUCAGGGACGCAGGCUAGGUUACACUAUACCAAUAUUAGUCCUGAGGCACACCUACCAACUCCGCAGUAUGACCAUUACCUUACGCAUGCGCACAACCAUAUCACCCGGGCACAUUGAACAUCUUAACUGAAUACAAGGAGCCGCAAAAUAACAUGUUUCAACUGUGGCUGAUCGCUUACUGGAAACUUCAAGCAAAUUAAAGUACUUGAGUACUGUGUAGCUAUUCUCUUUGCGAUAACUUUGAAGCAAUAUUCAGUGAUAAGUAAAUUGAGCAGCUGAUUGGUUAGUUCGUUUUAGACCCCGUUUACACGCUUGUCCGGUCAAAUUUUUGAACGGACGAAUUUUUUACCUGUGCAACGCGUUUAUACGGGACCUACUUCUGAUCAGGUGAAAGACUGGCAGCCUCGUACCCAGGGCAGUUCGCGCUCUCCGAGUUACCAGAGGAGGCCUGGAAUCGAGUGCGAUAGCUCGGUGAAUUUUCCCGACAAACUUAACAGGAGACGUCACAUCCGAAAUCGUCGAGGACGACUGGGAACGACGCUGAAAAACUGGAACAUUUUGCCGUUCAAAAACUGGCAAGGUUCCGCGGGUCCCGUGUAAACACAUGCACGUUUUUAGUCGCUCAAAAAUUUGUCUGGAGCCAUGUAAAGGCGGGAGGCCUUAUUCAUCUCCAUUUUGGACACAUGUGCCAGAAAACGAAAGUAGAUUUAAGUCAGUACAUAUGGACAAGAUGGGAAGUACAUAGGGUAUAACAAAAAGCAAAAAACGAUAGAUAAUUCAAAGUUGAACUUACUUGAAGUAUUCAAUCACACUCGGCUCACAAACACAGGCAAGGCACACACGAAAAAACCGAUUUCAGCCUAGCUUGAUUGAAGUAAAAGCCUGUCCAGAUCUGUUGACAAAAGUAAAAAGGUGAUUCUUAUCCUAAAGUGCUUUCGUUUUGACAUUAUGUGAAAGCUGGUUGCGUAAUUUUCUUAACUCUCUCCUUUGUUUUUGUUAUAACUUAGACUGCCGGAGCUGAGAGAUGUGUUUAUUGUGCACAAAACUAGUGAGCCAUUCAGGUCAGUAUCUUAUACACCACAGUCGUUUAUCAUACGUCUGGUUGUAAAAACAAUCUAUUGUAGGUUUUCAUUGCUGCAGUAAAACAAGCAUUGGCAGAGCAGUCAGCGGUGUUUAAGGUCUAGAGCGAAUUAACAACGGAGCCUUUCAUUUCACCUAAAAGUAACGAAAAUACAGGCUGAAAAUUAUAGGGUUACGGGACUUUCACAACGGGAUACAGGAUAUUUAGACAAGAGAUUUGGGGAAAUGGAGUGUCAGAGAAGCCUUCCCUGACUAGAACAAGAGGUAUAGUGAUCGAUAAGAAAUACUACAGAGCUGGAGCAAAAUACUUACAAAUAAGAUUGUUUGCAUUUUUGGGUCGAAUAUUAACGAUUUUGAGCCCUCGCAAGGAGCCUCCUUUUAAGAAGAAAACCCUUCUCUUUCCUCAAAAUGACGUCACCAUAAACAGUUUUUGGUAUUAUAGGGAUACAAAGCGGCGCCGGAAAUUCAGACCGUAGAUUUAAUGGAUACGAGAUAUGCAGAGCCCCCUUGAUGCAGCCUAGAGGAGCUUAUUCAAGAUGUAUCCUAUUUGCUUACCAGGCCCUUGCGUGGGAAGUAAUGGGCUCAGAAAGAACGGGACGCGCGAUGGAGAUACUCGAGACACCCUUCCCUCGAGUGUCUUCCUCGCUCGGCCCUUUCUUUCUUGCGCCUUCUUUGCACGUUCUUUCAAGCGCCUGUUACGCAGGCUGAGUGUAUUAAGGAGAUGAAACACUCUUGCAAAUUGUACACAAUAAGGAGUAACGUAAAUGUACCAGUUAAUUAAAAAACGUGGCCCAUGGUCCAAAAUCCCGCUAAGAAUGAUUGGUAAAUGUGAUUAAACCUGACAGGGGAACUACUCCAUUUAAAGAGCUGAAAAAUGGAUCUGUUGAUGUAGAUGUUUCACAAAAGAUGAAGGAGCUAAAGAGAAUGAUACAGUUUGAUGAUCCUGCUUGUCUUCUUUUUACAUCGGUGAGUCCACAAACAGGUUUUAUCUUAAUAAUCUUAGAGGAUUUCAAAAUAAAAUGCGCUUUGGUUCAGAGCAUUGGAGUGGGGUGUUACAGUGCGACUUCUCGAACCUGCGAGGCACUUAGAAGAAGAUUACCCAAUCACAACGUAUUUUGAAAGCAAAACUCUCAAGUUUUUUUUCAAAUGAAAUAAUAUCAAUUAAUAAAUUUGAGGGCUUUUUCCUGAGAGGUGAGGUGCGUUCAAACGGUUUUAAAGUUUUCAACGGUUGGAUAGUUGAACCUUGAUGUCAUUUGGUCCGUUUGCAAAAAAAAUUUGAGAAUCUAUUGUUUUCCAAAAACCGUUGUGAUUGGAUAAUCUUCUUCCAACUGCCCCGGUUCAAGUAGUCGCACUGUAAUGUCCCCAUCACCUGGAGGCGAUAGGCGAGGUCAGGUGUAAUUCGCGGGCUGAAUUCAUUUUUUCCGUCUUCUGUUUAUGCCUUUCAUUUUUGUCCUAGAUUCAGGAUUUUCGGGAGAAAGAUCAGUUUUAUCAGUCCGCCGAUACAUAAAGAUACUAGAAAAAAGACAACUCCGACAUUUACGUGGCAAUUCAAAUGGAAACUGCUGGGCAGUAAGCCUAGUACUGUGAGUCGUUUCCAGUUUUUUCCCAUACCCUAAAAUCUUUAUAUUUCGAAUGUUAUGCAACAUGCCGAUGCUCAUAAUUCGAGCUUGGGCUACCUGUGGUUUGCUGAACUAUACAAAGUGGUUUCGCUGACUAAUUCUGAGGAUGGAGUACUGAUUAUAAUUACUAAAUACCAGGUUCUUUAAUUUUCAAAAUCACGUAACAAGACAGGACAUUGUUUGUGUGUUAAUUCUACAGGGAACAACUGGACAUCCCAAAGGUGUUACGUUGACUCAUCAUAAUUUAGUUAACAAUGCUGUGCUGGUGGGAGAGAACAUGAACUUCCAAGAGGUUAGAUAAGAAAUAGUUUUCUUCUUGAACAGGAGAGUAAAACGCUGGGAGGCGUGCUCAGUAAUCAGACAGAAAAUUAUGACACAGUUAAGACGUUUUAUUUCCGACCACAUCAGACGAUUCCUACUUUGUCAAUUCUUGUAACACGAGAAAAAAUCCUCCCAGUCAUGUACCCAAUAGAAGCAGUUGCGAGAAAGAGCCUCAAAAAAUUCAGGCUUAAACUGGUUUCAAACCCAUGACCUCUGCGUUUUUCGUGCAGGGGCCCGUUUCUCCAAAAUCCCGAUAACUUUUCGGGCCGGAAAUCAAAUAUUCAAAUCGAAAUAAAAGGAAUAAGAGGCAGAGCGCGGGUCCUGGCUGGCAAAAUACUCCAUUUUGUUUCAUUAACUGAUAGUUUUAUCAUGUUAGAUGGAAAACUAUUGAAACUUCUAUCUUGCGUGUAAACAACGACAGCUUUACGGGCCCGUCAAUUAUCGGGACUUUCGAGAAAUGGGCCCCAGUGCUCUUACCACUAAGCUAUCGUGCUAACUGGGAUCUGGCAGGUGGUCCCUUUGGUCAAUUCCCGUUAUUCAGAAGCUUGGUUGACAAUUUUAUGCUGUUAACGAACUGAACAUGGCUUUCGUAUCUACCUUAACUUUGACGUUUUGUCUCUCUUUGCAUUCAGCCGGGAAGAGUAUGUUCUCCUUGGCCUCUAUUCCACUGCGCUGGUCUCUCUGUUACCAGGUUAUAAUGUUUUGUACUCUUUUCGUUACUUUGCCAUUUGAAGACCUGCAAUAUUCAAAUUCAUUUCUUUAAAGGUCUCUCUGGGUUUCUCUGCUUUCCACCUUCUAGAUAAAAGGGAGUAUUAGCAUCGACGACGGCGACGGCAGCAAAAACGUCACUUUUCAUGACUUUUAAAAUGAAUUAGCGUUUUUUCAAACUUUGUCGCGUUUAUUCCAGUUCGCUGAAAAAGUCCAAUGUAGGCAAGUUUCCCUGGAGUUGAUUUCUUGGGGACCGCACUCAAAUUUAGAAAGAGAAAGAAACUUUCAUUGUCGCUUGUUUAGAUACUCCAUAAAACGCGAAAUUAGGCAUUUUCACGUCGUAGUCGUGCAGUAACGCUAACGAAAUGUACAAAAAAGCGUGAUGUACGUGCAAAUUGUUUUGCCAUUGUUGUUUUGAUGUUCUCGUUGCCGUCGCCGUCGCCGUCGUCGUUGGGAAAACUCGAAAGUGAGGCUGCCACAUUAUGAGGUUGUGGGCGACCAAUUAGGCUGAAAAAACUGAAGACGUCUUUAUUAAGACAACAGUCAUAAUCAAGAUAAACUAAAUGAUUGUUUAAGUCUUUACAUAAUUCGUUUAUUACUGAGGUGUUAAACGUUUAUACGUAAAUUCAUAACUGUUCAUUUUGUAAGUCUGAACUUUAAUCCAUCCUCGGGAAAGUGAUACGUAGGAUUUUUUUCUUUUUUAAAAAAAUUUGUGUGUAGGCAUUACGGGGCAGUCUUUAUAAGCUCAGUUUCCUACAUUAUUUAAUAAUUCCGCCAAAUAAGAAUUGCCUUUAUGUUUUGGUGCAGCAUGGUUUGCAUGGAAUGGGGAGCAACUGCUGUCUACCCAUCUCGUGGAUACAACAGCACAGCUACUCUGAAGGCUGUUCACGAUGAGAAGUAAGUGAGUUUUCAUUGCCAAUUACGAACAUGUGUGGCAGUGCAACUAGUUCUCAUUUUAGUCACAUUUGGCAAACUAAGAGAAUGGUUUAUCCAUCCAAAGACUUUUUUUUGCACGCUUUGCUGUUCAUCGCCUUAGAAUUAUACAGCUUGCUGGUUUCCCUGUGCCUAAUCAUCUAUUUGCUUCUUAUUUUACAGGUGUGAUACUCUGUAUGGAACCCCCUCAAUGUUCCUUGAUGCCCUCGCUAAUCCUGAUUUGAACAAGUUUGAUCUUUCCGCUCUACGAAAGGGUAUUGCUGCAAAAACAAGCGACAAGUGUAACCUGCCUAGCAGGCGCUUGCAAGUAAUAUGGGCGCAAGAAAGAACCUGGCGCGCGAGGAGACACUCGCGAAGAGAGGGGGCGUGUGUCCGUCGCGCACUCCGUUCUCGCUCUCAGUAAUAACUUCCAAGCGUCUGCUACAUAGGGUAAAAGAAGUGGUCAGAAAAUGUGGCGCAAUAAACCAUGAAAACAAAAUACUAGAAUGUAAAAAGAACCGCGCCAGGUUUCGGGAAAGAUUUUGCUUUUUAUCUGAGUUCUCCGUAGGCAGUACCAGAAAAUGCUGCUCAAUAGCUCUUGAGUAAAUGAUCACUCAUGGUUAGGAAAACCUUUAUGGGGGAGUCCGAUUCUAUAUAUAAAAAGGUUAUGCUUGGCUACGAGGCUAAGAGGAACAAAACACUUCUCUCGUUCCAUUUCUUUCGCUUUUUCCCUUAGCCUCAAACCAAAUGUGAAUUUCAAUGCACGGAAAUUAGCCUGAACACGCAUUUUUCCUGUUCAUUAGAGCAGAAUCAGAGAAAAAUCCAUCCACACUUUCUGACAAAAUUGUCUAAUUUUUGUCUUUCUACUGACUUGUAGGGCUCACUGGAGCAUCAUCGUGUUCUGCUGAACUAAUGAAGCAAGUUGUAUCCACUUUGAAAAUACAAUUAACGGUAAAUUUCUUUUUAUGUUUUUUAUCCAGUUGCUUGUAUACGUACGUACAGUGAAACCUCGAUAUAACGAACCUCUAUGUAACGAAGUCCUUGAUAUAACGAACGAUUUUCUUGACCCCAGUAACAGUAAAAUAUAUGAAAAAGAAUCUCGUUAUAACGAAAGCUAGUUAUAACGAACAAAUUUUGCCACCCCCUUGGCCCUUCAUUAAAUUGAGGCUCCACUAUAGUAUGGUACUAAAGCUUAUUGGUUUUUCAAGCACUCGUCCAAAAAGCAAACAGCAGGGUGGACUAACUCACUCGUGUUAGAUAACAGACUGAACUCAACCAUAAAAUCAAGAUGGCGACUGCAUAACAUUAGGGAGCUUAAGCAACUACGACAACGACCAAACCUGGUGAAGUAAACCUCAUGUAAGUGCCUACUAAUCCAUUUAUGACGCCUCGAAACGGUUCUUUGCGGGAUCUUUUUCUCAUGGCCUUCAUCAAUCACACCUGUAACUUGAAUUUUCGCUUUUCAGCUAUAAAUUGUAAACUUAUUUAGUCCAACUUCUUUAUUUGUUGGUAGAAUACUUUUAGCGUUUUCCCUGUUAUAGAUUGUCUACGGCUGUACAGAAUCCAGCCCGUUGGUUUCUGGAACAUCAAUAGCCAGUUCAGACGAAAAUGAAUUGUCCACAGUGGGAAAGGUGUUUCCACACACAGAGGUCAGAUGUGCUCACUGUUAAAGCCACUUCCUUUCACCCAAAUUAAAGUAUGAAUCAGAGUAUAAAUACAAAGCAUGAAAACAACACAGGAAUUGAAUUAGUGUACUCUGUAAACACGCAAUCCAUGCAGUGUUUUUAAGGGCUUGUAAAAUGCUUUGAUAAAUCGAGUUCACUUGCAGGCAUUUUCGAAAGGAUUUGGUAGAAGUGUAAUUACUCCUACAUUUAUAAUCGUGCCAAUCACUUUGAGAGCCUCUUAUAAGCUAGUACUUCAAGACUUCGUUAAAGAGAAGCUGCUUAAUUUACGUUUCAAUGUAUUUAGCACGACCGUACCAAUCGAGGAUACUCUUUUUAAGUCUUUUUCUGGAGAUCUGUCGGCAUUUCUACGAGCCACGCGAUCACCUAGCCAUUUCUAGGGCAAAGCCAAAACCUUCAUGCCGUCUCAUUCAAGACCCCGAGUAUCGGUCCGUCCCAGAUAGUCUAACCCAUGUCAGUCUAGCGCUCUACCGACUAAGCUAACCUGCUUGAAGUCCCCAGGCUACAUGCAGACCACACAUGUAACUCAAAGCCAUCGCCGGGCUUUAUUAUCUUGAAACAGGCAGUAUCCUUAGAACAGGACAAAAUACGUUCUUUUUACCUUCACGGUUACCUCAGAAUUUCGGGGUUACGGUGUGUAUUUAAUUUGUUUUUCCUUCCAAAUAACUUUAAGGAGAAAAAAGGAAAAUUAUGCAAUCUCCCUUUCCGUACGCGGCGAUUACUUUAGUUGUUUCCGCGAUAACAGUGGUUUUUCUAACACUCGGGAAAAACGUCUUCGAUUUCAUUCUUCUGGCGUGUCAGUAAUUAUCAUUGUUUGUUUCUUUCUUUUGUUCCUUAAUAGAUAAAAAUUGUGGACAGAGAAGGGAGUGUAGUGCCGGUCAAUACCACUGGGGAAGUUUGUAUCCGAGGGUACUGCGUCAUGAUGGGAUAUUGGGGAGAGAAAGAACAGACGGAGAAAGCUGUGGGACCGAACGGAUGGUUACACACCGGGUAGGAGUCCACAAGUAAAGUACGGUCUGUUACUCAUGCUUAGCCUGCAUGACAGGCUUGGAAGGAGGGGAUCGGAGGGGAAGAGAGAGGGGAAAGGGAGAGUGGAUUAGGGUGAGACGCCUGUUAAUUUCUGCGGACCUUGUCCGGCUGGUGUCCGCAGAUGUCUGAUUGGCUGAUACAGGCUCCCUCUCCCUUCUUCCUUUCUAGCUGUUCUCCCUUUCUCCCUUCCCCUUUUUUCACGCCUGCCAUCCAUGCUACACAUACCUGGAUCAACUGAAGGAAGAAAGAAUAGCCGGAGAAAAUAGUCCCCAACCCUACCGGGUGAGGUUCUGCUAGAGUAUUAGCUAAUAAUAUCACAGAAAAAAUAUGUUUCUGGAGUAUUAUUGAAAAUGGGAAGUGGCAACGGUCCACUCUUGAUAUGGGGGAAAAAGUCCGUGAGUAUAUCGUGUCUUUUGAUACCCCUGGGGGGAAAUAUGUAAAAGGGAAUUGGGUUAUGAUACCAUGACUUCACUCAUUGGUGAUUCGGUUUUGUUGAUGCCCCUUUCACCUUUUUUCUUUUUUCAUUUCAAAAUCUAAGAAUACGAUUAACAAAUGUUAUUUCACUUUUGUCAACAGCGACCUCGGGACGAUGGAUGAGCGUGGCUACUUGAGAAUUGCAGGAAGACUUAAGGUAAACGUGCAGGUUGAGCUGACCAGCAUCUGACAUUCAAAAACCAGAAAGUAAGGCAUUUGAAAAACAACGCUUACAUGAACAUACCAAUGCAGCACGGAAGUAUUAUCACUUACCUGUCUGUUGCUUGUUAUUCAGUCAGUCAAUCAAUCAAUCAACCAAUCAUUAAGUCAGUCAAAUUGUCAGUGAGUCAGUCGGUCAAUCCGUCAGUGAGUCAGUGAGUCAGUAAGUCAAUCAGUCAGUGAGUCAGUCAAUCAAUCGGUCAGUCAAUCCGUCAAUCAGUCAGUGAAUCAGUCAGUCGGUCAGUCAGUCAAUCAGCUAAUCAGUCAGUCACUCACUCAGUCAAUCAGUCAAUCGAUCAGUCCUUAUGACCGUCUCAUGUCUGUUGUUUGUUGGUCUGUCUGCACUUUUUAGUCCUCCACGUUUGGUGCUGAUCCCUCAUUCAGUAUUCUUACCUAUGUCUCAAUUUAUCCAACAGGAUUUAAUUAUUCGAGGAGGGCAAAACGUUUAUCCAGCUGAAGUUGAAUACUUUCUGCAUACUCAUCCAAAGAUACAAGAUGCUCAGGUAAAACGCAUUAUGGAGGCAGGGGUAUGUAAGGCUUACUGCAAAAUAUCGUGAUUUGUCAGUGGCGAGUAGAUCAAUUAUUUGCCGAGUUUGUUUUUUAAUGAAUACAGUCAUGGAUUGCAGACGAUCUGCCAUUUUCACGCCAGAGCAGUUGCAAGAAGGAGAAAAGCGUGGUUUCACUUUUACGCAUGAGCAGAAUAUUAUUUGCAGCCAAGCACUGCACAUAAGCAGACGAUUAUUUAUAGGCAGCUAUAUGCCGGAUUACGUGGUGAGCCCUCAACCAAUGAAAUGGAAGAAAAACAAAUAAAUAAAAUAAAUACAUAACGGUCUUAAGGUAGCGCAUCCACUAAGUGGUUCUUCGUCUGCCCGAUUCCUGGUCGAAUUGGAAUUUAAAAAGGGUUGGUUUUUAAGGGGAGGGGAAAACCGGAGUACCCGGGGAAAAACCUCUCGGAGGAAAGGAGAGAACCAACAACAAACUCAACUCACAUAUAGCGUCGUCGCCGGGAUUUGACCCCGGGCCACAAUGGUGGGAGGCGAAUGCUCUCACCACUGUGCUACCCUUUCUCCCAAAUUUGCGUCGAAUGAUGAAAGAAUUUAAUGAUCCUCGAACUUUCUUGUUUGAGGUUCGAAUCUAAAUUAGGGUCUUAAUCAAUCCAAUACUCCUCAGGGUGGCCGGACUCUACUAUGUUCGCUUAGGUUUUGUUCAUCUGAUGUCAGAUUUUCUUUGAUCGAUAAGGUGAUAAGUGUCCCGGAUGAGAGACUUGGAGAGGAAGUGUGUGCUUGGAUCAAGUAAGUUAACUUGCCUCUAAGCUUGGGUUGUAGGCCCAACUGGCCAUAUUCGUCAUGGAUUCGUUCCAACAUAUACAUCGUACUAAAGAAGACGGAAAGCAGUGGAAAGCCAUACAAUCAUAGACAAAAGUCUUUGGACAAAUCUGCGCUUCUGGCCCGUUUUUAUACUCAUUAAGCAGCACAUGUUCAGUUCCGGUCCCACCCUACAUCAUAUUGAAUCCGUGUACUGACAUAGGUUGGGGUAGGGGUAACUGCAAGACGUUUUUAAAAAGAUAGCACCGCUAGCAUCCUUUCCUAAUGUUUCACUGAUUUAUCGUCAGGUUAUGGAAAGGAGAAACUAUGACUGCUGGAGAAUUUAAAGACUAUUGUAACGGUCAGGUAAGGCAUGUUUAUCAAAUUUCAUGGCCCUCGGUUACAGAUUCGCAGGAUUUCCAUCGCCACAUCUUUACUAAUAAACCGAUUCGUUGUAUUUUCUCUAGAGUGCUCAGUACAUGUAUUGAAAAAUGCUAGAACUUUUGCGAGAAAUCAUCUUAAACCCUUAGCCUUUCGAAAGAAGAUACGGUAAAUAAUAUUCAAAAUUCUCACCUUCUCCUCAUUUAAGACACUUUUUUACCCGGAAAAACAGGAUAAUUCUCUAUCAUUUUUUUAGACUGUGUAGUCUUGAACCCCAUUUACAGAAGAUGUGGGAUAUUUAGUUUCUGUACGUGUAUUAGGUAUAAAUUUAAAACAGGUCCAAUGUUAUUAUAAGUCGAAAUAAAGAAAGUACGAUUUCCCGCGUGAUUGCCUCUCCUAGUUUAUGCAUUCUUUUGGCGCAUCUGAUUUGGCAAUGUUUAUUCGAUAGAUUGCUUAUUAUAAGAUUCCUCGUUACAUUAAAUUUGUAGACGAGUAUCCGAUGACAGCUUCAGGAAAGGUG